AUGGAGCUUCCGAAUCUGGAGCUCUCCCCAUCACCAGACCCAGAGAAGAUGUCUCCAAAAGAUACUGCAAUAGAUCGGCAGACAGAAGACAACAAGCAGUCCCAGCGUCAACCCCGUGCCCGGCAAAAGGAGACACUGGAGGACCUGAAGGACAUGAUAUGGUCUCUCGGCGCAGACAUUCAAGACAUGAAGCAGAAAGGUGAUUCUGGGACCAGGGACCUUUAUAAGACCCAGAAUCAACUCCAAGACACAACUCAGGAGACCCAGAAGAUGACCUCUGCGCUGGUCAGAGCAGUCUCCAAGAUUCAGGCUAGCCUCGACAAAGCGCACCAGGACAUUGCCUCCGACAAAAAAGGCACGGAGCAUAUAUGGCUGAGGAAAGGAAAAACUUCAAUGGCUCAUCACGCACCUAGAAGAGCGCAUCCGCCUGCACUUAGCGUGAUGCCUCUAUACCAGAACAUUCCCUUUAAGUCUUUUGCGAACAUAGACCCUACAUUAUUCACACCUAUAUCAACGCCGUUGUCUGUGAAGAAUCCUGAUCCGUCGACUCUUGGGACACAUAUGCCGUUUCUACCAAAUACAAAAGCUGUGGCCAAUAUUAACCAUCUGGAUGGGAAAGCUAAUUAA